AGCACUUCUCACUAUAUAAAACUUCUAAAACCCUUUUCUUUCCCCAUUCUAUCUCUAUCUCCUCCUUCUCUCUCUGUCUCUCUGCAACAUUUCUCUUUAAGUUUUGAUUACUUUUCUGCAGUUUGUCUGAUACGGCCUCUGUUCUGCAAUAUUACCUUCAGCCUGUCAUCAUCUAACGGUUUAAAAAACACCUCCCCCUAUAUUUACUCCUUUUUUGUCUCCACCCAUUUUCAUCUCACAAUCUUUUCCAAUGGAUGAAAACUUAUAUAACAUUUUUGAAGACAGAACAGAAUUUGGAAACAGCAACAGUUUUGGUGUAACAGAUGAUGAUCUUUUUGCCAUUUUAGAAAGUCUAGAAGAUUUCACUGAUUUUCCUCUCAUCAAAGAAUCUGAAGCUGUUACUCCAAAAGAAAAUGAGGACAGUUCGACAUCGAGAUUGGUGUCUCAAAAAUCAACCACUUCACUACAAGAUUCUGAAACUGAACUUGAAACAGAACACAAAAGCAAGAGACAGAAGCUUACACCAACUUUGUUAGAGGAACAGAUUAACAAUGUUGGACAACAAAGGGUUUCUCACAUUACUGUGGAGAGAAACAGAAGAAAGCAAAUGAAUGAGCAUUUGUCUGUUUUAAGGUCUCUUAUGCCUUGCUUUUAUGUCAAAAGGGGAGAUCAAGCAUCAAUAAUUGGAGGUGUAGUUGAUUACAUCAAUGAGUUACAACAACUACUCCAAGCUCUUGAAGCCAAGAAACAAAGAAAAGUAUAUAAUGAAGUACUAAGUCCAAGACCUUCACAACUAAGUCCAAGGUUAGUUUCAAGUCCAAGACCUUCACCACUAAGCCCAAGAAAACCACCUCUAAGUCCAAGACUAAACUUACCAAUUAGUCCAAGAACUCCACAACCAAGUAGCCCUUACAAGCCAAGAUUACAACAAAGCUACAUUGCACUUUCACCUCUUGAUCCAUCUCCUACUACUUCCUCUGCUUCCUCUGUCAAUGAUAAUAUCAAUGAGCUUGUUGCAAAUUCUAAGUCACCUAUUGCUGAUGUGGAGGUCAAGUUUUCAGGUCCUCAUGUUCUUUUGAAAACUGUUUCUCAAAGAAUUCCAGGUCAAGCUUUGAAGAUUAUAUCUGCACUUGAAGAUCUUGCACUUGAAAUUCUUCAUGUUAACAUUAAUAGUACUCCUGAUGAUACCAUGAUGAACUCCUUCACUAUCAAGAUUGGAAUUGAAUGCCAACUGAGUGCGGAAGAACUAGCUCAACAAAUUCAGCAAACAUUCUGCUAAAAUUAGGUUCAUGCAUAUGUCUAGUCCACACCAUCCUUACCAAACAUCUCUCUCUCUUUGUUAUUAUUGCUUAAUUUAACGUUGUAUGUACGUAGCUGUACAAGUAACAGAGUACGUGAAAGACUCAUUUAGUUUAUCAUCAUUUUCUUUGAUAGUGUAAUUGGUCACCAUAUGUAUAAGCUAGCUAGCUAGUAAGUAUACAGGGACACUCUUGUAAUUCACCAUUUUAAUUUCAUAAUUAAUCUAUUUCCCAAUUUCAAA